AAGCGUGGUGAAAAUGGCGGCGCAAAGCUCGGUGCCGAGUGAUCUCUACAAAUGCGUUUAUUCGUUUCUAUUGGAGAACAAGUUCACGAAGGUCGCUCAACAGUUCCUGAAACAGACUAAAGUGCAAAAUCCACCAGACCAAAAUGAAGAAAGCCUCCUCAACAUCUACAACUUCUGGGUCAAGUCACCUGAGGCCAGGAAACGAAAAGUGUCCUCUCCUGCUAAUGGUCCAUCUGCCAAGAAGGCAAAAACCACUGCUGAAAGCUCCUCCAGUGAAGACUCGAGUGACUCUGAGGACACGAAGGCUCCAGCAAAGGCUCCAGCAAAGGUGCCAGCAAAGACUCCUGUUAAGGGAGCGGGUCCCGUUGCUGCUGCAGGCAGGAAAAAGGACACCAGCUCCAGCAGUGAAGAGUCAGACUCUGAAGACGAACAGCCUGCCAAAGCUCCUGCGCAAAAAACCAGUUCUGGGGCUGUCGCUAAACCCAAAGCAGCCGUUCCUGCCAAGGGUGCAGCUCAGAAGAAGCAGGAGAGCAGCAGCAGUGAAGACAGCAGCUCCGACUCGGAAGAUGAGCAACCAGCCAAGGCUCCAGCCAAAGCUACUCCAGCAAAAGCCGCUCCAGCUAAACCUGCCCCAGUAAAGAAGGCGGCGGCUGCUGAAUCAAGUGAUGAUGACUCGUCAUCGGAGGAUGAUGCUCCACCAAGCAAAAAACCCAAAGCAGGCGUCUACAGUGCAGUCCCACCCCCCGCUUCAGUCAAAGCAGCUCCUGCUGCACCGGCUGCCAGCAAGACUAAGGCUAAGGCCAGCGACUCUUCAGACUCCAGCGACGACAGCAGUGAGGAGGAAGAGAAAGUAGCUGCAAAACCUGCGCCUGUCAAGAAGGCUGUUGCAAAACCCGCCGUGUCGAAACCAAAGAAGCAAGAGUCCAGCUCGGACAGCUCCGAUUCGAGCUCAGAGGAAGACGAGGCGAAGAAGCCCGUAGUCAAAGUAACCCCAGCUAAAGCCGCCCCUGUCAAAUCUGCCCCAGCUAAGGCGAAGCCUGCUCAGGAGGAAUCUUCAGACGAAGACUCGUCGAGUUCAGAGGAGGAAGAGGAAGCUAAGAAGCCUGCAACAAAGGCCACUCCAGCUAAAGCUACUCCAGCUAAAGCUGCUCCAUCUAAACCUGCGGCUGUCACGCCUGCUAAAGAAGACUCCUCGGAUGAAGACUCCAGCUCAGAGGAGGAAGAGGAGACGGCCAAGAAGCCCGCAGCUAAACCUCCACCUGCCAAGACCCCCCCAGCUAAGAAACAGGAGUCUUCAAGCUCAGAGAGCAGCUCUGAAGAUGAAGCCCCAGCAAAGCCCUCCACUAAACCUGCAGCCACGAAGGCAGCUGCUGCUGCUGCUAAAGCCCCAGCUAAAGCUAAAGCAGAGAGCAGCUCUGACUCUGACGACUCGUCCUCCGAAGAAGACGAGCCGGUUAAAGCCAAGCCAGCUUCAAAGCCAGCUACCCCAGCUGCUAAAGCUGCUACCCCUGCUUCUAAGCCCGCUACUCCUGCAGCCAAGCCUGCAGCAGAAAGCAGCUCAGACUCUUCAUCCUCUGAAGAAGACGAGCCGAUUAAAGCCAAGCCAGCUGCUAAAGCUGCUACUCCAACUUCCAAACCAGCUACUCCUAAGGCUGCUGCCAAGCCUGCGGCUAAACCUGCAGCAGAAAGCAGCUCAGACUCUUCCUCCUCUGAAGAAGACGAGCCGGUUAAAGCCAAGCCAGCUGCUAAAGCAGCUACUCCUAAAGCUGCUGCCAAGCCUGUGGCUAAGGCUGCUGCAGAAAGCAGCUCAGACUCUUCCUCCUCUGAAGAAGACGAGCCAGUUAAAGCCAAGCCCGCUGCUAAAGCUGCUACCCCGACUUCCAAACCGGCUACUCCCAAGGCUGCGACUAAACCUGCAGCAGAAAGCAGCUCAGACUCUUCAUCCUCCGAAGAAGACGAGCCAGUUAAAGCCAAGCCCGCAGCUAAAGCAGCUACUCCGACUUCCAAACCGGCUACUCCUAAAGCUGCUGCCAAGCCUGCGGCUAAGGCUGCUGCAGAAAGCAGCUCAGACUCUGACUCUUCCUCUGAAGAAGACGAGCCAGUUAAAGCCAAGCCAACAGCAACCAAAGCAGCUACCCCAGCUUCAAAACCAGCUACUCCUGCAGCUAAGGCUGCAGCUGAGAGCAGCUCAGAUUCCUCUUCCUCCUCAGACGAAGAACCGGCCAAGGCAAAGCCUGCAGUGGCGAAAACGGCCACCCCAUCAUCCAAACCUGCCACUCCUGCAGCUAAAAAGGCUCCGGCAGCAAAAAGCAGCUCAGAAUCUGACUCUUCUUCUGAAGAUGAAGAACCAGCCAAGGCUAAACCAGCAGCGGUUAAAACACCUGCUACGACCCCGAAGGCUGGUACACCUGCUGGAAAGCCCGGAGCAAAGGCAGAAAGCAGCUCUGACUCAGACAGCUCCGACUCUGAGGAAGAGGCAGCCAAACCGGCAGUCAAGAAGCCGCCCAUAGCAGCUGCCAAGAAACCCGCCCCAGUAACUCCAGCGAAAAAGGCAGAAGAGAGCAGCUCCUCCGAUAGUUCAGAUUCUGAGCCAGAAACCCCUGCAGCGAAGCCUGCCGUCACUAACGGCAAAGCGGCAACCCCCAAGACCCCGAAGACCCCGGCCGCAGCGGCAAAGACGCCAGCAAAGCCGGCAGAGUCCUCGUCCAGUGACAGCAGCUCUGAAGAGGAGGAAGAGGCCAGCAAAAGUAGCAGCAAGCCUUCUACACCAGCUGUAAAGGCCAAAACAACUCCAGCAACCAAAACUAAAGAGAGCAGCAGCUCCUCAGACAGUUCAUCAGAUGAAGAGGAAGCACCGCGUAAAGCUGCCACUGCUCCCACCACUCCAACAAAUACCAACGGAAAGGGAGAAGAAGAAUCGUCAUCAGAAAGUGAAGAGGAAGAAGUACAAACCCCCAAAAACAAGAAAGUAAAAACCACACCACAAACUUUCCCGAAAGCUAAUAAGAAGUCCAACGUACCCUUCCGGAGAAUAGUAGAAGAGAGCGUCGCUGUGGAUCCCCGUCUUGCAGACAACUCUUUCGAUGCCAAGCUUGGAGCGAACGGAGACUGGGGCCAGAAAGCCAAUGAUGUGCUCAGGUUCACGAAAGGCAAGUCGUUCCGUCAUGAGAAGACCAAGAAGAAGAGGGGGAGCUACCGCGGCGGGGCCAUUUCCACCACAAUCAACUCUAUCAGGUUUGACAGUGACUGAGGAUCCUCCUCUGUCACUGUAGCUUCGUAUGAUCAGGAGACGGCCGUCUGCUCCCGCAGCCGCCCAUGAACUGUGACAUCAACACCCAGCUGCUGCCGCGUCAGAACAGGAGCUGAACUUCUCAAGUCGGUAGUGGAGAACUUUCAUUUGAUCUCUAGUGUGAGGUAACAGUUUAGUGAAGCUGUGACGUCGCUGUACUGCUUGACAUCCAUGUGACAUUAAUACUUAUGGCCACUAGGUGGCUGCAGGCCACCAGUUAAUGGUACAGCACCAACGUUUGUCCUCUUAAUCUGUGCUUCAUCAUAAAACGAUGAGCAAUAUAUCAUCGUUUCUAUCUACGUAAGAAUAACAGGCCAUCAACCAGUUCUUUGAGUUAAGAUUUUCAAGUUUGUCAGGCUUUUAUUUGUCCAUGUGUAGACUUGUAAGGGGUGUUUGGGCUGAUUCAUGUAACAACACAAGUAAACUCUGAAUGGAAAUUAAUUUUAUACCAUGUAUUUAUCAACUUUUAUUCCAUUUUGACCUCGGAUGUCAUCUGUUUGCAUUUAAGGAUAUUUGCUUUGACGUUACUGUUUCUUUUUAUUGGAUCCCCGUGUUGACCUUCCUUUUCUGUUCAGCAGUAGAGUUUAAGUUGAUAUUCACAACUAGAACUGAGAGCCAUACUUGCUUCCAUUUGUAAUUGACUUUACGACUUGAGAAAUGUACUGUUUUUUUUUUUUUCUUCUUAAAACUGUAAAUAAAAAUUUGAUUGACAUCA